AUGAGUGACGAUCAGAGUCUGUCCGAGGUUGAGAUGAGCCCUGUUGGUUCUGAGGAUCCCUCCUUAACACCUGAACCUUUGGCAUCUCAUUCCCACUCUGGCCCAGAUGAUGAUGAAGAAGGAAAAGUGAAAAAAGAGCAUGAUUCUGAGGAUGAAAGAUUCCCUGUUUGCAUUCGUGAAGCUGUCUCCCAGGUGUUAAGCGGUUAUGACUGGACAUUAGUUCCUAUGCCAGUCAGGGUCAAUGGUGGCAAUAAGUCCAAACCUCAUGUGAAGCGACCUAUGAAUGCUUUCAUGGUAUGGGCACAGGCUGCCCGUCGAAAGUUGGCUGACCAGUACCCACAUCUCCACAAUGCAGAGCUAAGCAAGACAUUGGGCAAGCUUUGGAGGUUGCUAAAUGAGAAUGAUAAGAGACCCUUCAUAGAAGAAGCAGAAAGACUGAGAAUGCAGCACAAGAAGGACCAUCCAGAUUAUAAGUACCAGCCUCGUAGAAGGAAAAAUGGAAAGCCCACAUCAGGAGAGGGGGAUGGAUCCUCAGAAGCUGAAGGAGGUGCUGCCUCCAUACAGGCUCAUUACAAAAACUCACACCUGGACCAUAGACAUGGCUCCCCUAUGUCUGAUGGGAAUUCGGAGCAUUCAACAGGUAAUGUAAACUGUCAAAGUCAUGGUCCUCCCACUCCACCAACAACACCAAAAACAGAACUUCAGACAGGAAAAUCUGAGGGCAAGAGGGAUGGCUCCCGUUCUCUGGCAGAAGGAGGGAAACCCCACAUUGAUUUUGGCAAUGUAGAUAUUGGAGAAAUAAGCCAUGAUGUCAUGUCCAACAUGGAGACAUUCGAUGUCAAUGAGUUUGACCAGUACCUUCCACCCAAUGGUCAUGCUGCACAUGCAAGUCACAUUGGGGGUUACACCUCCAGUUAUGGUCUCAGUGGAGCUCUGGCUGCUGGUCCCUCUGCCUGGGCUCUUGCAAAACAACAUGCUCCAACUGUGGCAGAUUCAAAGGCUCAAGUGAAGACAGAAAGCUCAGCUACAAGCCAUUAUACUGAGCAACCUUCAACAUCACAACUGACCUACACCUCGCUGGGGCUGCCUCACUAUGGUUCAGCAUUUCCAUCUAUCUCCAGGCCACAGUUUGACUACUCAGACCACCAACCAUCAAGUUCCUAUUACAGCCAUUCAAGUCAAGCCUCUGGCCUCUAUUCAGCAUUCUCUUAUAUGGGCCCUCCUCAGCGUCCACUUUACACUGCAAUCUCUGAUCCUCCUAGUGUGGCUCCAUCACAUAGCCCAACACAUUGGGAACAGCCAGUGUAUACCACGCUGUCAAGACCAUGA